AUUUUAACUUCCGCUAAUACUUGUAGCAGCUCGGUGACAACGCUAGCUAGCUUUACACUACAAAAGUAGUUUCAUUUCAUUUUAAUGUUGACACAAAAUGAGUUCCACUAACAUAUAUAAACUGAGAUGUUCCAUCCCGGGACACGAGAUGGACGUAAGAGGAGUCGCACCAGCUGCUUUUCCGGAUGGAGCCUUCGUGUCUGUGUCCAGAGACCGAACCGGAAGAGUCUGGGUCCCGAACUCAAGCCCAGAUAGAGGUUUCUCUGAGAUGCUAUGUAUGGCUGGCCAUUCAAACUUUGUAUCGUGCGUGUGCAUCAUUGCCCCCAGUGAAACAUAUCCCCGUGGACUGAUUGCCACUGGUGGAAACGAUAAUAUCAUUUGUAUUUUCUCACUGGACCGACCACAGCCUCUAUAUACUCUCCAGGGUCACAAAAAUACAGUUUGCACUCUGUCCUCUGGGAAGUUCGGGACACUUCUGAGUGGUUCAUGGGACACCACGGCUAAAGUGUGGCUUAAUGAAAAGUGCAUGAUGACUUUGCAAGGACACACUGCAGCCGUGUGGGCAGUGUUGAUCUUACCCGAGCAAGGCCUCAUGCUUUCUGGAUCAGCAGAUAAGACCAUAAAGCUUUGGAAGGCUGGCAGAUGUGAGCGGACAUUUACAGGUCAUGAGGACUGCGUUAGGGGACUAGCAGUGAUCAGCAGCACAGAGUUCUUCUCCUGCAGCAACGACACAAGUAUCAGGAGGUGGCUGGUGACGGGCGAAUGUGUGCAGGUCUACUACAGUCACACCAACUACAUCUACAGCUUAGCCGUCUUCCCUAAUAGCCAAGAUUUUAUAAGCACAGGGGAAGACCGGACUUUACGGAUAUGGAAGCAAGGAGAGUGCUGUCAGACUAUUCGUCUGCCUGCGCAGUCUGUCUGGUGCUGCUGCAUUCUUCCUAAUGGGGACAUAGCAGUCGGUGCGAGCGACGGCAUUAUUCGGGUUUUCACGCACGCUGAGGACCGCAUGGCGAGCGCAGAGGACCUGCAGGCCUUUGAGGACGAGCUCUCCAAAACCACUAUUGACCCCAAAACAGGAGACCUUGGGGACAUCAAAAUGGAGGACCUGCCUGGAAGGGAACACCUCAAUGAGCGUGGGAAUCGCGACGGACAGACGAGGUUGAUCAAAGACGGACAGAAGGUGGAAGCGUAUCAGUGGAGUGUCAGCGACGGCCGCUGGAUGAAAAUCGGAGACGUAGUCGGAGGCUCAAACCAGCAAACAUCCAAGAAUGUGACGUAUGAAGGAAAGGAGUACGACUACGUUUUCACCAUCGACGUGAACGAGGGUGGGCCGUCCUUUAAGCUUCCUUACAACGUGACCGAGGACCCCUGGCUGACGGCGCACAACUUUCUACAGAAGAACGACCUCAGCCCCAUGUUCCUCGACCAGGUGGCUAACUUUAUCAUUGAAAACACCAAAGGCCACGUGGUGGGACCAGCUCCGCCUGCCGGUGGCGACCCAUUCACUGGAGGAGCUCGAUAUAUUCCCGGCUCGUCUAAUGACAGAGACAGCGCUGGAGCAGAUCCCUUCACGGGGGCGGGUCGGUACAUCCCAGGGUCGGGCACCAACACAAGUGCUCCUGUUGGUGUGGCUGACCCAUUCACUGGAGGAGGAGCUUACUCUUCAGCAGCUCUGAGACAAACGUCCACCAACAUCUACUUCCCCAAGACGGAUGGCGUGACGUUUGACCAGGCCAAUGCCUCCCAGAUCAUCUCCAAGUUGAAGGAGCUGAAUGGAGGAGCCCCUCCAGAACACAAGCUCUCUGAGGAAACUGUAGAAAGCCUGGAGAGACUGCUGCUAGCGUGUGGAGCCAACUCUUCUGAAUUUCCACUCACUAUUCAGGACAUCAACCUGCUGUGGAAGGCUUCACACUUGCCUGAAGACAUAGUCUUCCCCGUCCUGGAUAUUAUGAGGCUGGCGGUGCGCCAUCCGCAGGUUAAUGAGAAUCUCUGUGGAGAAGCAGAGGGAGUCCAACUGUGCAACCACCUGCUGAGCCUAAUGAGGCCCGAGGGCCGUCCUGCCAACCAGAUGCUAGCUCUGCGGACUCUGUGCAACUGCUUCAGCGGAAGGCACGGCCGCGCUCUCCUCAUGGCCCAGCGGGAGACGGUGCUGUCGCGCGCUGCCGACUUGGCCGCCGUCUGCAAUAAGAACAUCCACGUCGCCCUGGCCACUUUGGUGCUCAACUACGCCGGCUGCCUGCACAGUCAGCCCGAUCUGGAGGCCAAGGCGCAGUGCCUGUCUGUGGCCAGCAGGGCGCUGGAGACGGUGCAAGACAAGGAGGCUAUUUUCAGGCUGCUGGUGGCCUUAGGAACCACUGUGUUCUCAGAUCAGACAGCCCGGGACUUAGCACGCUCUUUGGGCGUCAACUCUCAGAUUUCCAAAUUCUCUUCAGUUUCUGAUCCCUCCAAAGUGGGCGAAUGCUGCCAGCUGGUUUUAAAAGAACUGCAAUGAUAAGAAACACAAGAAAUGUUUGUUUCUACCGCUCUGUUUUGCAUAAUCACUUGUUGUGAGGAAUGAAAAACUUAAAUAUGAUCUGCAAUAAAAAAAAAAAGGAUGAAUGAUAA